AUGCGCCGCUUCUCAGGGCAAAAGCUGCGCGAAGGGCGGCCUUGUGACUGGGCUGCCACACCGUCUUCCUCCUGCGGAGGGACUCCCUGGGCACGCAGCAGCUAUUGCUGCCGGACUGGCUCCGAGCCUCCAUGCUGGGAAGGAAGCCUCGCCUCGCCUUGCUCUGCGGGAAGUCUUCGGAGGGUCGAGGGCAAUUGGACAGCUCCCAGAAGCAGCAGCUGCAGCUGCGACAGCCUCCAGCAGGGAUCACCACCGCCUGGCCCUCCUCAGGCUGCCCUGGUUGGGGAGACCCGGUCAGAUCUUUCUGUCUCCAUGGCCAGGCUUCUGGGGCUGUACAAGUUUCCCCAGGUCAGUUACUCAUCCACACUGCCCAGCCUCAGCGACAAGACCCAGUUCCCAUCCUUCCUUCGAACCCUGACCAGUGACCUCACAUCCUCCCAUGCAGUCACCCAGCUGAUAAUUCACUUUCAGUGGUCCUGGGUGAUCAUUCUGGCCCAGGAUGACGACUUUGGGCAGCAGGCGGGCUCUCUGGCCACGGGGGAGCUAGUCCAGGCUGGUGUGUGCAUUGAGUUCCACCUCCACGUCCCUUUCCAGCAGUCUCCCGAGAAGAUUGAAGCUAUUGUCCAAAAGGUGCAGAGAAGCACAGCCACGGUUGUCCUGGUCUUCCUGAGCAACUUGAAUUUCCAGCUCAUCCUGCCUGGCUUACUGCAGUUCCCUGUUGCAGGCCAGGUCUGGGUCAGCAAGCACGCUCUGCACGGACUCGCCCUGACCAUUCCAGGGGUUUCCCAGGUCUUGCAAGGCUCCUUUGGCCUUCUGUAUCGCAGCAGCCGGGCGCCCGGCUUCUCUGAGUUCCUGGCUGACCUCCGCCCUAGCCAGACCCCAGAAGACAUGUUUAUAGAGAGGUUCUGGGAGUUCACCUUUGACUGCACCUGGCCUCACAGGAACAGCAUGGUGCCAGAGCGGGUCCGGUUCUGCUCGGGCAAUGAAAGUCUAAGAACAAAGCAGUAUCCAUUCCAGGAAGUGAGCAAAAUCGACACUGCUUAUGCGGCUGUCUACAGCAUCGCGCAUGCGCUGCAAGACCUGAUGACUGGUGGGCACCAGGAUGGGGCAUGUACAGAUGUUGGAGACUUGCAGCCCUGGCAGCUGCUUCACGCCCUCAGGAAGGUGCACUUCAAGACUCCUGAUGGGACUGAGAUUAUGUUUGAUGCCAAUGGAGAUUUGGUGGCACAAUUUGACAUUUUCCAAGGGCAGAGGACCCAUGAGGGUGGGUUCAAAUUGGCCCACAUAGGCAUGAUUGACCCUUGGACCUCUUCAGAGAACAGAAUGGCGGUCCAUUUGAAGGAGGACAUCCAAGUGCCUACCUCCAUCUGCAGCACUAGCUGCCCUCCAGGGUUCAGCCAAAUGUCCCGGCCAGGAGCGCCCCACUGCUGCUUUGAUUGCAGUCCCUGCCCCGAGGGACAGUUUGCAGACCAAAAAGACAUGAAGAGCUGUCUCCUGUGCCCCAAGGAACAGUACUCGAGCCACAGCAGAGACCGCUGCCUGCCCAGGACAGAGAUCUUCCUGGCCUUUGAUGAACCCCUGGGACUGGUACUCACUCUCGUGGCCAUCUUCCUGGCUGGUCUGGCUGCGCUGGUCCUCGGAGUGUUCCUGAAGCACCGCGACACGCCUGUGGUGAAGGCCAACAACCGAGCCCUCAGCUACGUGCUCCUGACCUCCCUUUUCCUCUGUGCCCUCUGUCCCUUGCUCUUCCUCAGUCGACCCUCUGCCACCACCUGCCUCCUCCGCCAGACCACGUUUGCCAUGGUGUUCACCCUGGCUGUCUCCUCUGUUCUGGCCAAGACCCUCACAGUGGUCCUGGCCUUCAGGGUUACCAGGCCAGGGGACAGGGUCCAGGUGUGCCUGAGCCCCGGUGCCUCUAGCUCAGUGGUCCUGGCUGCUUCCUUAAUGCAGGUUGUUCUCUGUGGGGUCUGGCUGGCCACUUCCCCACCAUUCCCAGACAGGGAUAUGGUCUCAGAGCCCAGCCACAUUGUCAUCCAGUGCCAGGAAGGUUCUGGUACCGCCUUCUCCUGUGUGCUGGGCUACCUGGGCCUCCUGGCAGGGGGCACUUUCUCUGUGGCUUUCCUGGCCAGGGGUCUGCCAGAUGUCUACAACGAGACUAAGUACCUCACCCUCAGCAUGCUGCUCUUCUGCAGCGUCUGGAUGGCCUUCCUGCCCCUGUAGCACAGUGCCCGGGGCAAAUCCACUGUGGCUGUGGAGAUCUUCUCUAUCCUGGCCUCCACUGCCGGGCUUCUGGGUGGCAUCUUCAUCCCCAAGUGCUACCUCAUCUUGCUGAAGCCUAAGCGGAACACACCUGCCCAGGUCAGGUGAGGACACCAAACUCAGUGGGGAAGGCAGAAUGAGGUGAUCUGGAACAGGUGUCACCCUGGGUCUGUAGCACAAAACCCACUGAUCUAG